UUCUCUCCCUCCUCUCCCUCCUCCUCUCCAAGGUCUUGCUUCGAUUAGUUUGGUGCAAUGGAUUAUGUUCCUUCUGACGAGGUUUUGGGCAUUUUUGUGCCCAUUGCCGUCUACUGGAUCUAUUCGGGUAUAUAUAUGAUUCUUGGCUCCCUCGAGAAGUACCGGUUGCACUCGAAGAAAGAUGAAGACACCAAGAACUUGGUCUCAAAGCGUGAGGUUGUUAAAGGGGUUCUUCUUCAACAGCUGCUGCAGGCUGCCAUUGCAUUCCUUGUUUUUAGGCUAAGCAGAGAUGAUAGCACGACCACCUCAGAUGUUCGAACUCCGAUCACUGUGAUUGUGAAACAGUUCUUCAUCGGCAUGUUUGUUAUCGAUACAUGGCAAUACUUCUGGCACAGGUACAUGCACCUCAACAAGUUCUUGUACCGCCACAUCCACUCUUGGCACCACCGGCUCGUCGUCCCCUACGCCUUCGGGAGCCAGUAUAACCAUCCAUUGGAGGGGCUCAUCUUGGACACUCUCGGCGGAGCCCUGGCGUUCGUCGUAUCGGGCAUGACACCUCGAACAUCUAUCUUCUUCUUCUCCUUCUCCACCAUGAAAGGUAUCGAUGAUCAUUGCGGUCUGUGUCUUCCUGGGAACAUCUUCCACAUGUUCUUCUGGAAUAACACAGCAUACCAUGAUGUCCACCACCAGUUCUAUGGCAACAAGUACAACUUCUCGCAGCCAUUCUUCAUCACAUGGGAUAAAAUUCUGGGAACUCACAUGCCUUACACCCUGGAGAAGAGAGCUGGUGGAGGCCUGGAAGCAAGGCCAACUAAACGCUAGCUAAUACCAUUUCAACAAGCGAGUCUGUUCAUCUACAUGCAUCUUUAAGUUGUGAUGUGCUCGGUGUUAUAAUAUUUUCAUUUCUGUCUUCGUUUUGAUGUAAGCGAGGAAAAGCCACCCAAUUUGUAAGUCGUUUCUGUUUCCAUACCAUAAACUGUACAAGAUUCAUAUCCAAAACUAAUAAAAUGACUCUCAUUUG